GCGCGUCACCUUGCUGUCACUCAUCGCCAUGGAAACCGAUGUCAACAUGACAGAAGCGCUGACAGCUAUGGAAUCGGACAACGCAAAUGCCGCUUGUCAAAUCAAAAACAUCGACUGGAUCUCAUGUAAAGACUUCACAAUCGAAAUCGGAGAGCAACAGAUCAGACAAUACAUGGCCACGUGGGAGAUCCAGCACCCCGGCUGGCUCUACAGUCUGACGUUUCUCCAGCAGGCAGAGCUGGAGUUCAAAACCCAGUACCAGUACGAGGUCCAGUGGAGCAUCCCGACCCGAUUCACCCCGAUCCCCAGAGCCACGACCCGCGUCUACUUCAUCAUAGAGAUCUCCAAAAUCAAACCUGACAGCCUGCCCGUGAACGUGCAUUUCAUCAUCGAAAGCAACCGCUCCAAACAUGUUCCAGGACAAAUGAGGUUCAGGGAAAAGUGGCUGAUGGAUGUCAUCGAGAGCAAGACUUUGCUUUUAGACACUGUUGACUUUUAAAACAUCGAUAUUUGUCAAUAUGACUGUGCUUGCAGAGAACAUCUGUCAAUGGAAAUCAAUUUAGUUGUACCUAAUAGGAAUAUAACUAGUUUUUCUUUUCAUUAGAAAUACAAAAACGCCUCAUAUUUACGGUAAAUGUGGCCUAAUUCAUUGUUAUGAGUAGUUAUUUAUGUCUAUCUUUAUAGAUACUUAUUUAAUAUCUUUAUAAAUGUGACGCUUUACUGAUAAUAUAUGUUUGUUAUUUUCAAAAGGCUGCUCGUGGGACCUUUGGUCUUGUUAUGAUAAGCCAGUAAUGGCUCAAAUAAUCAGUUCCGCUCGUUUAAAUGUGAAUUUGAAAUAUGGAGUAGAAUAAUAAACAAACAUACCCGUCCA